AUGAAUUUAGUGAUACAAAUAUUAACAGGGACACUAUUUCAUAUUCGAGUAGCCAAAGAUACAUCUGUGGCAGAUUUGAAAAAAGAAAUAAGUAAUCAAGAGAAACUUCCAGAGAAUCGUUUGAUUCUCAUGUUGGAUACAGGAAAUGGAGAUUCAAUCAUGUUGAAUGACGAUGAAAUUUCCCUUGUGGAGUAUGGGGUAAAAGAUGGAUCUCAUUUUUACCUGUUUUUUAAGCUUCCCGAUAAUAAUAAUAAUAAUAAUAGCAAUAAUGGUGAUGGUGAUGGUGUCAGUUUUGUCAAUCCCGAGACUCCGGUUUCUCAAGGAGAUUCUGUUGCAAAGUAG